AUGGCACCAACGCUCGGGAAACGGAAGCGCAUAACCCGUGAGCAAUUCGAGCAACCUUCACGAUCGCCCUCGCCCUCGCCGUCUUUAGAAUCUGAUCAUUCGAAUAGAGAUGACAUGCAAGAUAUUUUCCGACGAGCAUUUGAAGCAAGGUUUAAGCCUUUGGAUGCUGAACCCAAGAAGCAGAAGAUAACACAAGAGCCGGAAAGUGGGAAAGAAGAGCUGGAUGGGGAGUCGGAUUGGUCAGGCAUAAGCUCUGAAGACGACGUCGAAGUCGUAGAAUGCACCAGCGCCCGACUGGCAGGUGAUAGGGCCUCAAAAGCAGAAAUGCGGGCAUUCAUGUCCUCUAAGCCCCCCUUCUCAACCCACCAAAUCCACCCCCAAUCCACAAAGCCGAAGAAAGUAGAAGGAGAUAGAGACGACCCUUCUGAAACAUUACACCUAAAAAAUGAUCUUGCCCUCCAACGUCUCCUCCGAGACUCCCACCUCCUCUCCUCAGCCUCUGUCUCGGCCUCCUCCGGCAUAUCCACGCCUGCCCUCUCCCUAACCGGAUCCCAGCGUCACAGGUCCACAGACCUACAUCUCCUGACCCUCGGCGCAAAAUCUUCCGUGCACACUCAGAAAAACAUGCCCAUGGCGCACCGGAAGGGUAUCAUAGCGAAAGCGAAGCAAAGGGAAGAUAAACGACGCGCGGAAGCAAGGGAGAACGGCGUGAUUCUGGAGAAAGCUGUGAAAGUGAAGAAGUAUAUGAGGGAGAGGGAGAAAGGGGUUGGAGGACCUGGGGUAGGGAGGUUUAGGGGUGGGACGUUGAGUUUGAGUAAGAAUGAUUUGAGGGAUAUUACUAGGGGUGGAGGGAGUGGACGCGGGAAAGAGAAGGAAAAGAGGGGGAGACGGUGA